CACGUUCUGACCGUCUGCCGAGCCCCGAGCUACUCGCCUAAGCCUGACCUCCGUCACCACCUUCUCACUCUCCAUCGCGACGCCUCGUUCAGUACAUUCACUCCCACAAUGGAUCUGCCGAGAGUGCGGCUCGGCUCUCCCCUACCAAUCACCCCAAAGAAGCGGCCCCAUGGCCUUCUCGACGACCUGUUGCAGCAGUUCGGAUCCGUGAACUCGCCCUCGUCCAUCACCAAAGCGAGGAAAUCCUCCGCGUCUACCCCGAAUACAAAUGACCGUGGACGCCGAGAUCACAAGUCAGACGUGGGCUACAUUGCGUCUAGCUUGUCGAACACAUCCUCCACUUCUCAGAAAAAGACGCCUCCGAUGAACGACACGCCGCCUUCGAAGAACACACCCAAGAAUGAGAACGGCAUGGAGGACGUGCAAAUAAACAACGGCGCGGUCACGUCUGGACGCUCCAUGAGGCCUCGUAGAGCGCAAACACAGAGGAAGAGCCUGGACAGCCUGAAGCUAGAUACAGCUCGUAACCGAGUGCGAGAGGAAAUCGCGGCUCAGACGAUGGUCAAGAGAGACAAUUUCAUCCUAGCACACAAGGACUAUUUCCUGCCUCUUCUCCCUGAGACCAAUUAUGUCGCGAAGCUCGCUAGGCAGGCCAGCUCUGAGCCAGCGAUCUCCGAAUACGUUGAAAUCGAUACGCAGCCGGAAGGCGUGAGGGCGGUAAUGAAGCCUUACCAACUCAGCGGCUUGUCGUUCCUUGUCCACAUGUACAACAACGGAAUGUCGGGGAUGCUUGGCGACGAGAUGGGAUUGGGAAAGACACUGCAGACUCUCUCACUAUUCCAGUAUCUUGAGGAACGCGAUCAAGCCUCUGGAGCCGCGUCCGCAGAGAAGAGACCUUUCCUAGUCGUCUGUCCACUCAGUGUUCUUAGUUCGUGGGUCAGUGAAGCCCGCCGCUGGGUACCCGACCUAAAUGUUCUCCGUUUCCACGGACCAUCUAGCCAACGCGACCAUCUAAAGAAGGUUGCUACCGGCCAAGAAGACUGGUUUGGCAAUGAAACAAACCAGUCUAAAAAGAGAAAGGCAGACCGUAAGCUUGGAAAGUACGUCUCAAAGCUGCCCUCUGCAGGCGAUAACGACGAUUGCAAAAUCGUCAUUACUACCUACGAGACGUUCAUGGCUGAGCAUAGUUGGUUCAAGAAAGCGUUCGUUUGGCGUUAUGCCGUCCUUGACGAAGGCCACAAAAUCAAGAACAUCGACACGAAUAUCUCGAGGGCCCUCCAAGGAUUGAAAGCCGAGUAUCGACUCAUCUUGACCGGCACACCUCUCCAGAACAACCUUCACGAGAUGUGGGCCCUCCUCCAUUGGCUCUACCCCGAGGUUUUCAUUGAAAAGACUGCCGAUCUCUUCAAGUCGUCCUUUGACUUGAGUAAAGGCCUUGUGAGUACUACAGUAAUGGAUGACGCUCGCCGACUGUUAGAGCUGGUUAUGCUACGCCGGAUGAAGAGCAGUCCCGGCGUCAAUCUUGGUCUGCCACCAAAAGAGGAAAUCUUGCUCUAUGUACCUCUUACUCCUAUGCAGAGGUUUUGGUACACCCGGCUCCUGACUCGGGUAGGCGAUGGCCUACUCCAAGAUCUCUUUACCGAUGCCAAGGCCAAGGAGAAAGACGCAUUAGUGAGAGACACCGUAGACGAUCAAGAGUGGACAAAGAUUGCAGAAAUCGAAAAAUACGCCGAAGACAAGUCAGAUGAGUGGGCGGAGACGAGAGCAAUCAUGAAGCAAGCUCUUGAGCAGGAAAAGGAAGAUCUGACAACUAACUCCGCCUGGAAAAAACUGAUGAAUCUCGUCAUGCAGCUCCGGAAAUGCUGCAGUCAUCCCUAUCUUCUCCCGGGUGCUGCCCCAGAACCAAAUGAGCUGGGCGAGCACGUCAUUCGCGCAUCGGGCAAGUUCAUCGUGCUCGAGAAGUUGCUAACAGAGGCCAUUCUCGCAAAAGGAAAGAAAGUCCUCAUUUUUUCCAGCUUCACAAAGACACUAGAUUGCUGUGAAGAUCUUCUCGCUCUGAUGGGAGAUAGAGGAAGUUCUUUCAAAUAUCUCCGAUUUGAUGGUCAUACAGGUCGAGCGCGCCGCAAUCUAGGCAUCCGUAUGUUCAACGACGUAAGCUCGCCCUACAAGGUCAUGCUGCUUUCUACCCGUGCUGGCGGACUGGGCAUCAACUUGGCUACUGCUAGCGAUGUCAUCUUCAUGGACGAGGACUGGAACCCUCAAAUCACUUUGCAGGCCGAAGCACGCGCGCAUCGUAUCGGUCAAACCAAGCCUGUCACCGUCUACAAACUCUGUACCCAAGGCACCGUUGAAGAGCAAAUGAUGGGCCGUAUCCGGAAGAAACUUUAUCUAUCUGCCAAAAUCACGGAAUCGAUGCGAACCAUUCACGGCGACAGGACUCAAAAAGCCAAAAAGAAAAAGGGUCGUGUAGAGUCAAACGAGGAUGAUGCGCCUAUGCUCGACACGUCGCAGCUCAUGUCACUUGUUCGCCGCGGUGCUCAAACCUUGUCGCAUCCUGAAAUUGAUGUAACAGAGAUGUUGAGCUGGGACUUUGCGACGAUGAUCGAGAAAUGUCGCGACAAGCCUCUUGACCCGCAUGUUCAUCCUGAGGGUGUUUCUUCCAGUGAUGCGGAUGAGGAGAAGUGGCUUUCGGUGAUGGAGAAAGUGGAAUGCGCUGUCUUCGACGGUAAGCGGUACCAGCGGGAAAAGGAUGUGGAAGCCAAGGCCAAUAUCCUUUCCACGGAAGUCACGCGCGAGGACCGCCGCAAAGGCAAAAACACCACCGUCAAAGUCGGCGGCUUCUACAUAAGCAAGGAGUCCAUGGGCUGUGCCGAUUGGGAGGCCGUUCCGACAUUCGCAGGCAAAGAUCCUCGUCUUGCCGAACCAAAGCGACAAAAGAAACAGGUCGUCAACCACGAGGAGCAUUGCCAUGUCUGCUAUGACGGCGGUGAGAUCAUCUUGUGCACGGGUUGUCCACGGACGUAUCAUCAAGACUGUCUAAAAGAACACACCAAGUCCAACCCGCACGCCUGGAACGGUUUCUACUGUCCACAACACGAGUGCUCAGAUUGCGGAAAGAAGACCACCGAUGCUGGAGGUCUGAUAUUUCGUUGCAGAUGGUGUCCACGUGGAUAUUGUGAAGAUUGCCUUGAUUGGGAUAAGACGAGGCUUAUUGGAGAGAAUCUGCCCGAGUACGAGAUGCUCGGCAUGCCUGAAAACGCGCAAGCCUAUUACAUUCAUUGCCCCGGGUGCACAGACUGGGCAAACGCAAAUGCCGAAGCUAAGAAGUGGUUCAGCUCGACCGAGCGACGAUACGCAACCGACCACGCGGCUUGGCGUGAGCAGCAAGAGGUAGAGCACCAAAUGUACGAAGAACAAACGGCACAACUGAGACUCGACGAGGCGAAGCAGACCAGCCAAAAGGUUGAAGAGGUGGAAUAUGAGGAUAUGCUACCACUGGACAUCGACUACGACGAAUUGGGCUCAGACGACAUGGAUUACGAGGAGACGCGCGGCGCCAGCGAGCAACUUUCAAGCCUCGACGAACCUCCAAGCCUCGUUGAUUCUGUAGCUGAUACGCCAGCUACGGUAGAGAGCGGUCUUUCGACACCCAAAUUGAAGUUGAAGUUUGGGAUUGCUAAGAAUGCCAAGAAGGAUCUCAGGAAGAAGAGAAAGGUCUUCCACGACGAUGAUGAGGACGACGAUAUUGGUAGUUUGUGGGACGUGGCGUCUGAUCCUCUCAUGGCCGCGGCCAAAAAGGUCAAAGUUAGGGGACGUCCUUGAUUUGGCUACUUGCUUUCAGGAUCCCGUUGCUUAUAUGCCAUAGGCUCUUGCGAGGGCUAGAUUCAUUGUAGCUCUGCGAAGACGCGUUGCGGCGGGCAGCGCGCAUCACUCUCGGUGUUUCUGGAUAGGUGUCUUUUGCUUUCGCGUGGUGUCAAGACCGCUCCUGUGCAUGCACGCACUCAUGUGCGUGUCUUUGUCACCGAGCUGGUGUUUUCAGCCAUUAUGGUCUUUGGGUGUCUUACAUCGGGCCCUGAGGGCGGAUAUGUUAGGUAUACCCAUUGUAUAUUAUACGGAGCAUCUGCUGCAGCGAGUCACUCUGGAUUUUGGUAGCCACAACACUGUCCAGGUUGACGCUGCGUUCAUUCAAAACCUGGAACUUUCAGAGUUUAUCAU